CUUUGUCUAGCUUAUUCUUAGCAACUGAAUCUCUGCUGGUAAUCCAUCACUCUACCCUUGUUUAUAUUUUUACAAGGAUUUUUGUCAUCUUUAACCAAAAUCUUCCAUGCUACAAUUUAAACCUGUUAUAUCCUGCCAUAUUCACCAUGGCCUCAAGGAACAGUUUAUUUCUGUUGUCCUCUCUGUAGAAACCAUUUAUGUACUUGAAGGCUGUCUCCUCUUUAGACCAGACAACUCUGAUUUCAUUUCACCCAGUAUUUUAAUUUCAAUUUUUAGGGCUCUGAUCACUUUUAUUGUUCUCCUGUAGAUUCUGUUCCACUAUUUUCUCAGGUGCUUGCACUGCUGACAUGCUCCUGUUCAGGCAGGGGUGAAAUCUCAGAGUUAAAAAACCCAAACAAACAAAAACCCCAAAACCAAAACACCAAAGAUGUGGGUAGCACAGUGCAGGUUGUAAGAAUGAGACUGAGUGUCUCAAUAUUCUGCAGUCAAGCAUAACCUUUUUGUCAUGUCAGUAUUGUGUUGUUGACUGUGGAUCUACUUGCCAGAGUUGUGUUGGUAACUAGUACCUGGUGUGGGGCUGAUUUGGCCAAAGACCAAACAUCUGUGGUUUUUAUAGUUAAUGUAUCCAGUUAGCAAGGGGGUACCCAGAGAGAACAGAGCUUCCCUUCCAUUGGAUAUGCUUCCACAAACUGUCUUGGAUUUUACCUCCUUUAACUGAACAUGCCUUUUUGUCUUCCAGGGGCAACUUUAGUCUAUUGUAGUGAGUAAUGCUCCUAAUACUCCUAGGUAUUCCCUUUAUGAUCCAGUUAAAUCUAUUUAUAUCUCCUUUUAUUUGUGAGAUCUUGAGGUCUUUCAUUUGUGUUCAGCCCUGCAUAUUCUUGCCUGAGGCCUCUGGGUUGCCAGUGUAAUACAAACUGCUGCUAUUAGGUAAAAUAGCUGCUUUUGCAGAUAUCUCAGGAAAGGAAUCAUUUAUUACCAGCACUUGCUGAUUAGGUAGAAUGGUGGAUGGUGCUUUUGUAGUCUUAAAUUGAAAAAGGAGUGAGGAAAAAAGCAAGGUGUGUGAGAGAGGAUCCGGAUGGGGAGUGAAAAGGUAGAAAUUAAAGGUGUUUACUUAUAAGAAAAGGGGCUGGUGCUUACAAGACAAAGAUUUCUGAUUCUUUAGAAAAUGUAAAUAUGGUUUUGAAAUGUUACAUCUGGGGCAAUCUAAAGAGCAACUGCAGCUGAAAAGUGUGUUUGUGCUCUCUUUUAUUCUUCACCAGUGCCAAAUUUGGCAUUUGCAUAACCCCAGAAUGAAUUGGUCUGAGGAAUUAAAAUGGCAAGAAAUUAUCAGGAAAAAGAAAGAAUACUUUAUGUUGGCUUAGCUGUCUGACAUAAUAGGUAGUGGGAUCAGGCAAACCCCAGAAGUGCUGGUUGGUGGGUGAUGAGAGUACAGGGAGGGGAAGGCACUUCCCAUUGGAUUGACUUGGAUGUAGCCUGAAACUGCAGCUGAAGACCUCAGAUGAUAGAUGCAGCUGUGUCGAACAGCUUCUUAUGAAGUGCCAAACAAGAACGCUCUCCUUGUAGUCAAAUCCCAGAGUCCACUGCAGCAAGAAAGAACUGCCAGCAAAAACUCAUCAACUCUUACUGCUUCAAGCUAAGGAGGCGAUCAAAGUAGAGGGCCGGAUGUCGGAGCUGAGUGAUGAAGCCAGUGAGUCGGAGCUGCUGAGCCGCAGUCUUUCCAUGUGGCACGGGGUUGGUCAGAUGAUCGGUCGGGAAGAGCUGGAUGUUCCCCUGGACUUGCAUACGGCCUCCUCAGUUGGCCAGUAUGAAGUGGUGCAGGAGUGUAUUCAGCGUGGAGAUCUGGAUUUAAAUAAAAGGAAUUGUGGUGGCUGGACUCCACUGAUGUAUGCCUCCUACAUUGGCCAUGACACUGUUGUGCACCUGCUGCUGGAAGCGGGAGUGAAUGUGAACAUCCCAACACCAGAAGGACAGACACCACUCAUGCUGGCCUCCAGCUGUGGAAAUGAAAGUGUUGCUUACUUUCUGCUACAGCAAGGCGCAGAGCUGGAGAUGAAGGAUAUUCAUGGUUGGACUGCCUUGUUUCACUGCACCAGCGCUGGACAUCAGCAGAUGGUCAAGUUCUUACUGGACAAUGGGGCCAAUGCCAACUGCCGGGAACCAGUGUAUGGAUAUACACCUCUGAUGGAAGCAGCUGCUUCUGGCCAUGAGAUAAUUGUUCAGUACCUUCUCAAUCACGGAGUGAAGGCAGAUGUCAGAGAUAACACUGGAGCCACAGCACGGACACUGGCCAUGAAGUAUGGACACACAAAGAUUGUGGGGCUGAUAGAUUUGCAUGCAGCCCCAGUGCCCAAGGUCUUCUGCAGGGGUCCAGGAAAAUAUGAAGAGCUGAGUUCCUCAGAUGAAUCAUGUUCUGCUCCUCAGAGACAGAGGCCUCUUCGUAGGACCAAGGGUCCCAGCAUCCAUGAUGGGCCCCAGGCUUUGGCUAAGAUAACAGCAGUUGGAAUUGGGGGAAAGAAGCAGUCUCGCUAUGAGCAGGUCCCUCCUCAGGGCUAUGUUACUUUCAAUGAUGAUGGCAACUGUGAAGCGGAUGAUAUCCGGAACCGGGAUGUUACUUCUCCAAUUAAUGAGCAGGAUGUGGAGAGUAGCAGCAGCAGGGAGGAUAACAUUUUCUUUACCAAGAACUUAGCAAUCAUCAGGAGUAGCAGCAGCAGCAGUGAAUGCCUAACCAAAGCCCUGGGAGUCAGCAGUGAAGGCUCCUUGGAAAGCAAUGAGGAUUCUGACCAUGCAAACAGUCCCCCUAGUCGGAAACAAGCCAAGAGCUUUAAGAUCAAGAACCGCUACAGCAACAGUGAUAGCCAGUGGGCCCACUGCCCAGGGAAAGCUGGGGGCUCUGGUCAGCACCUGAUCCUUCCUGAGCCCCCUGCCUAUACAGGGCCCCAGGAUCUGGCAACAUUCCUUGAUCAGAUUGGGUGCCUGAAGUAUCUGCAAGUGUUUGAGGAGCAAGAUGUUGACCUCCGGAUCUUCCUGACUCUCACGGAGAGUGAUCUGAAGGAAAUAGGCAUCACCCUGUUUGGACCCAAGCGGAAGAUGACUUCUGCCAUCGCUCGAUGGCACAGCAACGCUCGACCGCCCAGCGACGCCCUGGAGCUGGCCUACGCAGAUCGGCUGGAGGCGGAGAUGCAGGAAUUGGCCAUUCAGCUGCACAAGAGGUGUGAAGAGGUAGAGGUGAUGAAGGGCCAGGUGUGCCAGGAGCAGAAGCUGCGUGCAGUGGCUGAGAGCUGUUUGAUGGAGCGGGAUGAGACCUGGAAUGCCAUCCAGUGCCAGCUCAGAGAGGCUCAGGCCAUCACCAAGGAUGCUGGAGUUCUCCUGGAUCAAAUCAAAUCCUGUCAAGCAGAGCUGUCCUCCCGGCUAACCCAGGAGCAGGCAGGUGGCAGAGUGAUGGACACAAAGGUGCAGCUGGGAACUGGCGAGGGCAGGCGGCCUGGUGAGCGUCCGGUGCUGGAAGGAUGGCCACCUUCCUUGAAGUCUCUGAGCUUGCCUGAGCUGUCUGCUGUCCUAGAAGAGUGUGUGGGAGAAAUGGGAAAAGCUCUGCAGACUGUGACUCAAAACCUCCAAAGGCUCCAAGCCCCGGGGCAGAGUGGGCAGAGCUGGCUAGAGCCGUAACAGAGCAGGAGGGAAUACUGACGUCGGGUGACUGUUCCACCCGGAAGCUGAGUGUGCCUGGGAGAAUGUGCGCAAGGGCCGUGCUGGCAGCACUGCAGCUCUGCUGAGAGUGCCACAGUGGCUGGGGGAUGUGUGGAGGAAGGUCUCAGCCAUCAGAUAACAUGCCUGGGAGAACGAGGGACAGCAGAAGACAACAACCCAGCAGCUCUUUGGGCCUAACUGGGUUCCCAGGAUCAUUGCUGUUCAUAUCAAAAGGUUGGGUUAAGAGGAGAAGCAACAAGCCCAGAAUUUUUAUCUGCAUUAAGCUUCCUGCAGCCCUUGUUGUUCAGGGCUGUGUCUUAUUAGAAAGCUGACAGUUACCCACAACAAUCAAUUAUCCUUUUCCACAUCCUGUCCUCCCCAAAGCCUCUGACACUUGCCCUGGCACCUUCUAUGCCAUGUGGACUGCUCAGGAACUGACCCAAAAAAUGUAUCGGAGGCAAUAAGGAAGGGGGGGUUGCUGUGGAUGGGUAAAGUGAGUGGAGUUUAUAAUGUUUGGCUCGUUGAGUUGCAGUGAAAUUCAUGCAGUCCUAAUUUCUAGCAAGAAUUUCUGCCCUACUAUUAUCCCAAAUCUGUGCUUCAAAACUUCUUCCUCCAGCCAGGUCACCCUAGUUCGGUUCAGCUUCUUGUCCCCUUUGGGGGUUGUUUGUGAUCGUGUUACUCAGUCCCAAGGAACUCGUUUUUGUGGUAAAUGGUUUAUGGCAAGGACUCCUGGUCUGGUUUGUUAGUGCCAAGAUCCCAACACUGACAGCAGUUGCAAGGCAGAUGUUCCCCUGGAAGGACAUGAGAGACAACAAGGAGAUUGAAACUGUUCAGUCUCCUGUGCCUCGGGCAAGCAGCAGAGUGCCAAGGCAGGCAGAACAAGAAUGGAGGGGUAGAUCUAUCCCACAUGGGAGAUGGGCAAAAGAAAUCACAUCCCAGAUGCAGCUGUGGUGCAAAGCUUUGGUCCUCAACUGCUGGCUGCCUUUGAUUUCCAGGCCUUAGUGUUUGGAAAUAGUUCUGCCAAGGCAUUCUCGUGUUGGCAGUGGGCACUUCCAAGGGGCAGACAAAUAGUGCAGGAAGAGGCUGCCUCCCCAGAGAGACUGCUCAGCAGCCACGAGGGCUCUGGUGGCAGUUCUGUGGGUGUAAAAUGGUUUCCAGUGACUCUGUUCCUGUGUAUUGCCAAGUCCUGUGAGGGAGGGGGAAGAACCCAACAAACAAUAAAACCUGAUGUCUGAGUGAUGGCCUUCAUGAGCCUGGAAAUGUAUCUUUGGGAAGAGGAAGAAACUGUUCCUUCUGAUUUUUUGGACCUUAAUCAGAGAUGCAAAAAUCCAUUGUGGCUCCCUCCUUUGAGCUAGUUACUCCUCCUGAUCAGCUGCCCAAGGCCAUUUAGGCAGGUUUGAAAGCCAGUCUGUGUUGGGUAAAGGUGCUGCCUGGUGUGAGGGUCCCACUGAACAGGUGUGUCAGUGCUUCCUGGGGACAGCCCUGGGCCAUGUGGGCAGCUGUGCCCUGCUGCUUUCUGCUUGUGUUUAACUCUUAAUGUGGCACACAGGUUUUUCAUCUUUAACGGAUGACAUGGGUGUGUGCAUGUGAGCAUCUGGUGCUGGCUGUGUGGCAGGAAGUUUCACCUCAAAGAAUUAGUUUUGAUGAUGUGGAGCCAAUUCUCCUAAGGCAGCAUCCCUGAAAGCUGCUCAGAGUGUCGACGCUGUGCUGGGAAGAGUAUCUGGGGCUUUGUCCUUCGUUCCCUGUUGCUGGAGGAAUGGUGGGGAGUGCCAAGGCAGUUUGCACUGCGCUUUUCCUAGUCUUGGCGGCGUCUGUGGCUGCACUAGUUCAGGGUUGUCAGUGCUGUGUCCCUGGGAAGCCCAGACUUGAAUUUAAGGCAAAAUAUCUGUGGGAAAAGGGGGAAGAGUUUUCAUAGAAGAAAACAAAAAAACCCAAAACACUCCAAAAAACCCAAACUAAA